GUUUGUUACUGCUUCCAGUGAGCGAGGCGGACGGGGGAGCGGCGCUGGCGGACCGCGGACGUCGGCAGCGACUGUAACGACCGCUCGGGCCAAGUGCGGAGGAAGAGCGGAAGAUCCCUCCCGCCCGCGACGACGGCUCCAGCCAUGGACGAGCAGGCUGGCCCCGGCGUCUUCUUCAACAACAACAACAACAACGCGCUGCUCUUGCCGCCACCUCCGGGCGGGGUCGGGCCGGGGUUGGAGUCGGGAGAAGCGGCGGCUGCGGCGGCUGCAGCGGCGGCCGCCGCUGGCAGCGCUUCGGCAGGGCCGGCUCCGGCCUCUGCAGCGCGGGCUCAAUACAGCGUCCCCGGCAUCCUGCAUUUCCUGCAGCACGAGUGGGGCCGCUUCGAGGCCGAGAGAGCCGAGUGGGAGGCGGAGCGAGCGGAACUGCAGGCGCAAAUUGCCUUCCUUCAAGGAGAAAGAAAAGGUCAAGAGAAUUUGAAGAAGGAUUUAGUGCGAAGAAUAAAAAUGUUAGAAUAUGCUCUUAAACAAGAACGAGCUAAAUAUCACAAAUUAAAAUAUGGUACAGAGCUGAACCAGGGAGAUAUGAAGCCACCAAAUUAUGAUUCUGAUGAAGGAAAUGAAACUGAAGUUCAGUCACAACCUAAUAGUCAAUUAAUAUGGAAACAAGGGCGACAGUUACUCAGACAAUACCUGCAAGAGGUGGGAUAUACUGACACAAUCCUGGAUGUGAAAUCAAAACGAGUACGGACAUUGCUGGGUCUCUCAGGUGAUGGUCCAGAGAGAGAAACUGAAAAAAACCAAGAAUCAAUGGUGAACGGCACUGAUGUUGAGAUUAAACAAAAAGUGAUGAUUGGAAAACCAGAUUUGACAGAUUCUGCCUCUCUGCUAGAAACGUUUAAAUUCCUUGAAAAUGCUGCUGCAGAAUUUAGCGAUGAAGAGGAAGAUGAUGAUAUUGAUGGAAGAGAACGAACAAUCAUGGAUACAUCAACGAUUGUGAGAAAAAGAGUCCUGCCUGACAAUAAUGAAGACAGAGAUACUGAAGAGGCCCUGAAGGAGUUUGAUUUCCUAGCCACAUCUGAUGAAGGGGACGGGGAAUCCAGAAGUUCAGGAAACGGUACAGACUGGGAAAAGGAAGACCAGUGUCUCAUGCCUGAAGCCUGGAAUGUGGACCAGGGAGUAAUAACCAAACUGAAGGAACAAUACAAAAAGGAGCGCAAGGGGAAAAAGGGGGUGAAGAGAAAAACUACCGAAGAUAUGUUUCAGCCUCAGUCCUUUAUAAAACAAUCAAAACAGGGAUGUGGGAAAAUGAUGGAGCAAAACACAGGACCCAACAGGUCAAAACUGCAAGAUAUGCUUGCUAAUUUGAGAGAUGUUGAUGAUCUCCCUGCAUUACAGCCUUCUGUUGUGCCACCCACGCGACCCAGUACUUCGCGGCUUUUCGAGCAAGAGAUCAAUCGAACAGAUGAAGUAGAAGCUUUAACAUUCCCUCCUUCUUCUGGGAAAUCUUUUAUUAUGGGAACAGAUGAGGCCCUUGAGAGUGAGCUUGGCCUUGGGGAAUUGGCAGGCCUUACAGUAGCCAAUGAAGCAGAUUCACUGACAUAUGAUAUAGCAAACAAUAAAGAUGCUCUGAGGAAGACAUGGAAUCCUAAGUUUACUUUAAGGAGCCAUUUUGAUGGAAUAAGGAGCCUGGCUUUCCAUCCAAUUGAACCAGUGUUAAUUACCGCUUCAGAAGAUCAUACUUUAAAAAUGUGGAAUUUGCAAAAAACUUCUCCAGCAAAAAAGAGCACCUCACUCGAUGUUGAACCUAUCUAUACUUUCAGGGCACAUAACAGUCCAGUGCUUUGUGUAGUGAUGAGUAACAAUGGUGAGCAGUGUUACAGUGGAGGCACUGAUGGCCUCAUCCAGAGUUGGAAUACUACAAAUCCAAAUAUUGAUCCUUAUGAUUCAUAUGAUCCUUCCAUUUUAAGAGGUGCACUUGUAGGCCACUCAGAUGCAGUCUGGGGUUUGGUUUAUAGUGGAACACACCAGCGCUUGCUCUCUUGUUCAGCAGAUGGCACCAUACGUUUAUGGAAGGCUUUGGAGAUCUGUCCUGCUUUAAAUAUAUUUAAUGAUAAUCAAGAAAUGGGAAUUCCAUCAUCUGUGGAUCUAGUGAGCAGUGACCCAAGCCUUAUGGUAGCGUCAUUUAACACUGGAUAUACAAGCAUUUUUAACAUGGAAACAAAACAACACAUUCUUACCUUGGAGUCCAAUAUAGAUACUACGGUUAACACUUCUUGCCAAAUAAACAAAGUGAUCAGCCAUCCAACUCUUCCAAUAAGCAUCACAGCCCAUGAGGACAGGCAUAUUAAAUUCUAUGACAAUAACACAGGGAAACUGAUCCACUCUAUGGUAGCCCACUUGGAUGCAGUCACAAGUUUAGCCGUCGAUCCAAAUGGCUUAUAUUUGAUGUCCGGCAGCCACGAUUGUUCUAUACGCUUAUGGAACCUUGAAAGCAAAACCUGCAUUCAGGAAUUUACGGCUCAUCGCAAAAAGCACGAUGAAUCCAUUCAUGAUGUGGCAUUCCAUCCCACCAAAUGUUAUAUUGCCAGUGCAGGAGCAGAUGCACUUGCCAAAGUCUUUGUAUGAUGCAACACUUCCCUAUCCUUCUAGCUGCCUUGUACAUAUCUAUAAAUAUAUAUGUCUAUAUCUAUAACAUAAGCUGUACAAAAGAUAAAGAGCUUGUAAUCUUUAAUUCGUGAAUGUUAGCAAUUGCUUCUGACUAUAAGAUCUCAGUCCUGGGAGCUUGGAAACUCCCUAUUUCAAGCGAUCUGUGGAGGAACCAUUUUAAUUUUGAAAGUGUCCUUUUUUGUCUAGGCUGGCAUUGGGCAAAAUGAGGUGCUGUCUCAAUUUAUGCAGCACACAGGCUAACAGCUUGCUUGGGUAUUAGUGGAUAAGAUUCUCCCAACCUGGUGUACUGCAAAGGUCUUGAGGCUUGCAAUUCUUAAGAACUUCCAGUCAGCACUUCUACAGGACAACAAGUUGGAGGGUAUAGCAAACAGAUCUUAAGUUAGAAUGUUCCCCCUGUUGGAAAUUCAUGCAAUUCAGAUCCUUGAGACAGUUAAUUCAUUGUGUCUUUUUCUAGCACUGAAUGGUUAAAUGAGUCACAGAAUCUCAGCCUGUAGAGUCUUAUAAUAGACAGGUUGGAUUUAAAGUAUUGACUAUUUAAAAAUAUGAAUGUGAUACAUUUUCUAAAAUUAUGUUAAAAUAAGAUAUGUAAAAGGCUUAUAAAUGUAAAUUCUAUUGAAACUGUUAGAAAUGAAUGUUAACAGGUGGCUGGAACCACAGUAUAUAACCUUCAAUGUAACUUCUUCUAAGAUGAUGGGACAUAUGUUUACAAUAAGGAUCUGGUUCAUUUCGGAUGCUAAUGACUGUUCAUUGUAGAGCUAAGGAAUAUUACAUAUCUUUCCAACUACUCAACAAAAGCAAUUUCUAAAUUUUCUCACUGGGAUGCUUAUUGGUUUGGAAAACAUGUGUAUGCUGUUCUCCUGCUUUCUAAACUGUACUGCAUCAGAACCUAAUAAACCAUACAAGAGCAGUACUGUUUGGGAUAUGUGAGGUGAUUGAUUUCUAUUUACCAUGGACAAAACCUAUAUGAAACAACAAUGCUUUCCUGACCUCUAUCAGUGAUUCCAUAAUGUUUGCCAAAACUGGGAGAGUAUAUGCCAGUUCAAGCUGCAAGUGUCCAAAGGUAGAUGGUGUUCUUCUAUAUGCAUUAUUCUCUCCCCUUGCCUACUGCCCACAAUUGUCAUGGCUUUAUAUAGCAGGCCUUGAAGUGUUGGGAAUAUAGGACUAGAUUUGCUUUUUGAAAGUACUUGAAACUUAAAAAGAUUGGCCAUCUUUGGCUAUUAUGUUGUGGUACUUUUAAUGGAUAUUUUUUGUAGGUUUGUUACAAAAAACCCAAACCUGUUAUAGUUGUUUCCUCUCCUACAAAAACUGAUUAAAUAGGAUUAGCCGUUACACAUUCAUUAUUUUUGUGAUUUUGUGUCAAAGCAGAAAAUCCAACUGCACAAAACACAUUAAUCUAUGUGUGACUAUUGUGUAUUUCCCUUUACUAGCUUGAUAUCCUUAUUUUUUAAAAGGAUAUUACAGAUGUUAAACUGUGUAUAUUUUGUGUAUGUGUGUAUAUAUAUAUAUAUAUAUAUAUAUAUAUAUAUAUUUAUAUAUAUGUAUAAAUAUAUGACAGAGAUUGUAAGCAGUAUAUAUUAUAAGUAAGGGAAGAUUCUGUGGAUAAUUUCAAUGUUUUAGUAUGAAAGUUCUUGAGACUUAAUACAAAGGAUAAAACAUAAAUAGUAUUGUGCUUUUUGCUUAAAGCAACAUAAUACAAAAUUGCUGAUGUUUAAAUUGCUGUACAUAUCACUAAUAGGUCAGUAUGUUUGAUUAAAUUAUGAAUGUAACAAAUGUUCCUGUUCAUUGACAGAAGGAUGUGACAUCCUGCUCAGUGAAUUUUUGAUCCAAGAGAAGUGACUUUUAAAACAAGCAAAUAGCCAGAGUUUUGAGGUGCCAUUAAGCAAACAAAAUGUAGCCUUAUGAGGUUGCAGGCUCUGUUGCAGAUUCUUUGUUUGUCUUUCAGAUUGCAUAUUACAGUCUGGAUUGUACUAAAUACAGAUAUAUUCUGUUGCAGUUGAAAAUACCCUUUUUAAUUGAUAAGCUGUUUCAUAUAUCUUGCAAUCUUGGAUUGCACUUCUGUUAUGUACUCAUACUCAUUUUUAGAUCAGUUUGAUCAAUGUGUAUCUUUUCUUUAUGCUAUUCAAGUUAAGUUCAUCACAUCAACUGCCUUCAUUUAACAUACUGUAAUUGAAAUCAUGUCUAAUUAUUUAAAUGUUUUGCCCAUGCAGCUAAUCAGGGAGAAAAUGCUGAGCAUAUGCUUGUUUUCUGAUACUGUAGCUAUUGAUUCGUGAAGAACAGGAAGAAAUGUGUGAACUAGUGCUGCCCUUAGACCCUCCAUAAUUUAUUUCAAGAGCACAUUCUUUCCCCCUUUUUCCUUUUAUCCUUUUUUCAAACCAGGCAGAGAAAAUUUAAACCUCCAUUUGUUGUUUGAAACCAAAACAAAAAACCCUUAACUGCAUGCUAAACGAAACCCUGUACUGUAAAUCAACAAACUGAAAACACACAAUGGUAACCAUGUGUCAUAGUAAUAUAUGUGAUUUACAGGUACCCGUAUAUAUUUGUCUUGUUGGUCUUCUUAUUAAACCAAUUGUUUAAAGUCCUUGAAAAGUACAAAAGCGCAGCUUGGUUGUAGUUGGAUGGAUAUAUUUUAUUUCUUCUAGUGUAUUACUUGGCAUUUCACUAACUGCCCUCCUGGACAAUAGACAGACUUGGAUUUUGCAUGUGCAGAGCAAUUUUUGUGCAUACAUAAAGUUAUAUUUUAGUACAUGACUUUUUGUUAAGCAUUAACAGAAUGGCAAUAGCUUAUGUUCUUUUUGCCAUAUUUUAUUUCAGAGAAUCUAAAGAAAUAUCUUAAUGUUAUGAUUAAUUUGAAUUCUUUGAGUAUUUGGAUUUAAGUCUCUUACUUCGAGAUAACUGGUAGUAGUCUUGCUAGUACUAGAAGUGAUUUUCAUUCUUCACUGGAAACGGUGGUUUGUUUCUUGUGUUUUAUACUACAGCUAAACUGAAAUGAAAUCCCUCCCAAAAACUAUACAUUAAAUUCCUGAAAAAGAGUAGAAAUCUUUCUGCAUUUAGCAUGGUAGCAGUAACCAUCAUAGACUGCUUCAACAAAUAUGUACAAGGAUCUACAUAGUUCAUGUGAUCACUGUAUUUAUCAUGGAUACAAACCUUAAUAUUGGCUUGGACCAACAGAAAGAAGUAAUGAAGUAUGGGUGAUACUAAUCAUGAACCUCUCAAACUAUUUUUUGAUUUGACAUAAUGUUGUGAGAGUUUUUUUUCUUUAUAAAAAUGGCUUUCAUAAUUCCCUCUAUUUUCUUAUAUAUGCUUACUUAGAAGUAUGAUCAACAGGACUUACUCCCAGGGAAACAUACAUAGAAUUUGCAAUAUUUUUAUUAUACUGGAAAUAGUUUUCAUAAUGCUUUGUAAUACCAGUUUGCCUAAAUUUUGGUUAAAAUCAUUUAGGUUUCAGUUUCAUCAUAUUAGGAGAUUUUGCAUCAACAGAAAACGGUGAUGAUGCUAGAUUUUAGGGAUAUUUAUAACAAAGAAUUCUUCACUGAAUAUUACUCAGUAUCUGUUAGUUUUAGUCCAGGAGUUAUUCAUAAUUGUUAUAAGUAUGCACUUUAAAGUUUUCAAUAUAGUUUGUCAUUUGGUUAACAUCAGAUAAAGAUGCAAAAAGUGGAACAUGCCAAUUGAGAAUUAGUAUAGCAAUUUAAAAAAUAAACUUUUAAAAAGCAAAUGGCACAAACUUUGUGAAGCAUCUUGAGUAAAUCUGUCUACCAAGAAAAUUUUCUUGUAAUCUUCUGUUAUUGCAAUUAAAUAUGAGGUAAAAGUGAUGUGGUAAUGAAGGUAGUAACUCUGGGUAGUUGCUAAUAAAGUAUGAAUGUUUUGUACAGUACUUGCAUUCUCUGUUGAAUAAAAUCUAAUGGACCUUUCUGUAGUAACACUAUACAGAGCAGCUUUACUCAACAUUGCAGCAACAAAUAAAUGUCCUUUGUAAUAUAUAUUUAUGUACAUUGGGUGCUAAUAAAUACUAUUUUUCAA